AUGUCGGCAACUCAGCUGCUGAACCCCAAGGCCGAGUCCCGGCGGCGAGGAGAAGCCCUGAAGGUCAACAUUGCCGCCGGAGAGGGUCUUCAAGAUGUUCUCAAGUCGAACCUGGGUCCCUCGGGUACCCUGAAAAUGCUGGUCGACGGUUCAGGCGGAAUCAAAUUGACCAAGGAUGGAAAUGUCUUGCUGCGUGAAAUGCAAAUCCAAAACCCCACAGCUGUCAUGAUCGCUCGUGCGGCGACAGCACAAGAUGAUAUCACUGGUGAUGGCACAACGUCGGUUGUGCUCCUGGUGGGAGAGCUCCUGAAGCAGGCGGAUCGUCAUAUCACGGAGGGACUACACCCCCGAGUGAUCACUGAUGGUUAUGAGAUUGCCAAGGAUGAGACCUUGAAGUUCCUUGACCAGUUCAAACUCGAGCGUCCCAUCGACCGCGAGCUGCUCCUUUCCGUCGCUCGUACCUCCCUUUCCACCAAGCUGAACCAUGCCAUGGCUGAGAAGCUCACCCCUGAUAUCGUUGAUGCCGUUCUCGCCAUCCACCGAGCCCCCGAAAAGCCUGACUUGCACAUGGUUGAGAUCAUGACGAUGCAACACCGCACAUCAUCCGAAACCCGCUUGAUCCGCGGUCUGGCUCUGGAUCACGGUGCCCGUCACCCGGAUAUGCCCAAGCGUGUGGAGAAUGCUUUCAUCCUGACAUUGAACGUCAGUCUUGAGUACGAGAAGUCCGAGAUCAACUCCGGCUUUUACUACUCUUCUGCCGAGCAGAGAGAUAAGCUGGUAGAGAGCGAGCGCAAGUUCGUCGAUGCUAAGCUGCAGAAGAUCGUGGAGCUCAAGAAGCAGGUUUGCGGCAAUGACCCCAAGAAGGGCUUCGUUGUCAUCAACCAGAAGGGUAUUGACCCCUUGAGCCUGGACGUUCUAGUCAAGAACGGCAUCAUGGCUCUCCGAAGAGCCAAGCGCAGAAACAUGGAGCGUCUGCAGCUGGUGUGCGGAGGUACCGCGCAGAACAGUGUCGAGGAAAUGACCCCGGAUGUGCUUGGCUGGGCAGGUCUGGUUUAUGAGCACCAGCUUGGUGAGGAGAAGUUCACAUUUGUCGAGGAGGUCAAGGAUCCCAAGUCCGUGACUAUUCUCAUCAAGGGCCCCAACCAACACACCAUUGCUCAAGUCAAGGAUGCCGUGCGUGAUGGUCUUCGCUCUGUCUACAACUCGAUUGUUGACGGUUGUGUCAUCCCCGGUGCCGGUGCCUUCCAAGUUGCUUGUGCUGACCACCUGAAGUCGGAGGUACUUCGCAACACCAAGGGCAAGGCCAAGUGGGGUGUUGAGGCAUUUGCCGAUUCGCUUUUGAUCAUUCCCAAGACUCUAGCUGCCAACGCCGGCCACGACAUCCAGGACUCUCUCGCUGCCAUGCAGUACGAGUGCAAGGAUGGUAACAUUGUCGGUCUGGACUUGAACACCGGCGAGCCGAUGGAUCCUGUGCAAGAGGGUGUCUUCGACUCCUACCGGGUGCUUCGUAACUGCAUCGCUUCCAGCACUGGUAUCGCAUCUAACCUUCUUCUGUGCGAUGAGCUGCUGAAGGCUCGCCAGAUGAGCAAGGCUAGUGGCCCUGGUGGCGAGGAGUAA